AUGUCGGAAGGUGCUGGACAGCCUGCUAAUGGUUUCCUUCACUUAUACGGCCAUCAAGAUGUGUGGCAUGGCUAUACAGACAUUAUCGUAGGCAAGAGUGCUGUAGAAAUUAUACGGUCAUCCUUAUGUCAAGAUUAUAGCCCUGAUAAAAACCUCAGUGAUUCCGGAGAUGAAUGCAUUGACCAAGUUGAGAACAACGAGCAUGUCAAGAAAAAAAGGAGAGUUAAUAGUAUAGAUACAGAUGGAGAAGGAAGUGUCAAUAGCCGGUCAUCUUGUGUUGAGUUAGACCCUGUGUUUAUGUCAAGAAUUAACAGCCGGAGUAUAGUUGAAGAAAAACAAAUGCAAUUAUUACGUCAGGCUUUAGCACAGACUAUAACAAAUGCUUUUUUACAAGUGAAACUUUCACCUUGCCUUGCCAGUACAUUGGUUCCUUCUUUUAUAGCAUCCAAACAAGGUAUACAGAUACUGAUGUAUUCAUGCGCAAGUGAUUUACUGCUUGUCAGUGAAGAAUUACCUUUGUUUGACUUUAAUACAAAUGAACUUGAUGUUUCCACCGUGAUUUAUCUUUGGUUAUCAUUGAAUAUUGACAUUCCUGCUCAAAGCAUGGACAUAAUUGACUGGAAUAAUUCAAAUUUCAGUGGGUUUGUAAAGAUAUUUGAAAAAUAUAAUUGCUAUAGCGAAGGAGUAACUCAUCCCUGUGAUUUUACUGGUAAGGAUACUCAAAAAUUGAAAUUUGAAUCAUCUGUCUUAGCUUUACCAGUAAUAGCUCCAUAUAUAACUCAAGCAAAAAAAGUUUAUAAUUCAGCAAGCAAAAAGUUCUAUGAUAAGAAAUAAAGGGUUGAAAGAAUUUGUGUGAAAUAGCUAUAAAAUUUAUUUAUACAUGAAUGGUCUACCUUGACCUUGUCCAAAUUAUGUGUAAUGAAAGAUUUUAUAGCAUGAAUAAAUCUUAAUUUCUACCUUUACCAAUGGCUUCUUUAUUAGCUCUCCGUUUCAAAGAAAAUAUUUUGAGCUAUUGUCAGGGUUGACAUAGAUGUUGGGUAAUCUUUUUGUUCAAGACCACAUUCUCAGAAUUGUAAAAACUAUUCGCCAUAAAUUUGGUAUUCUUCGUGUUAAAUGUCACGAAAGGACACCAUUUCAAAAGAGCAGAUAAUCCUUAAAGUAUUUUAUGCACGGAUAUGUCCUUUUUA